AAUGCCAUGAUAUCUCUCAUCCUUUCUACUAUCUUAGCCAUUCUUAUACUAUAUCUCUUAAAACUUGUACGCUUAAUACUAUGGGUUCCCUACAAAAUUCAACGCCACUUCCGAAAGCAAGGAAUAGGAGGCCCUGGAUACCGUCCUAUGAUCGGAAAUUCAUCAGAGAUGCGACGUAAGAUGGCGGAAGCGAAGUCGAAAAUAUCACAUGACCACAACAUCCUGCACCAAGUGGUUCCUGCUUACAGUGCCUGGUCCAGCAUGCAUGGAAAGAACUAUUUGUACUGGUUUGGACGCAAGCCCAGAUUGGCGAUAGCAGAUCCAGGCAUGAUCAAGGAGGUUCUGAUGAAUACAGGUGGGCCAUACGAGAGGCUCUUAAACGACCCGUUGUCUAAACAGCUCUUGGGAGAGGGACUCGCUGAGCUUAGGGGUGAGAAAUGGGCAGUUCAUAGGAGGAUCAGCAACCUGGCCCUUAACAUGGAGCAAGUUAAGGGUUGGGUGCCAAAAUUGGUGGCAAGUACAAUGAAGAUGUUCGAAAAAUGGGAGGAAAGAAGGGCAGGGAAGGAAGAAUUUGAGAUGGAAGUGCACAAAGAAAUUCAUAGCCUGUCAGCAGAUAUCAUAUCCAGGACAAUUUUUGGAAGCAGUUUUGAAGAGGGAAAACGCAUUUUUGAGUUACAAGAACAGCAAAUGCACCUUUUCUUUGUGUCUUUAACUAGUGUCUACAUUCCAGGUUUCAGGUUUCUACCCACUAAGAAGAACAAAGAGAGGUGGAGACUAGACAAGGAAAUUCGUGAAUCAAUACGAAAGCUAAUAGAGGCUAACAACAGAAGAGCAGAGAAUUCAAGAAAUCUACUUAGUCUGUUAAUGUCCUCCCAUAAGAAUCAUGAUCAAGGUGGUGUUAAAGAAGACAGAUUAGAGGUAGAUGAAAUUAUAGACGAAUGCAAGACUUUUUACUUUGCAGGCAAGGAAACAAGUGCUAAUAGUUUAACUUGGGCACUUGUACUUCUAGCAAUGCAUCAAGAUUGGCAAACAAAGGCCAGAGAAGAAAUCAAUCUUGUUUGCAAAGACAAUGAACAUCCCACUGCAGAUAAUCUUAGCCAACUUAAAAUUAUAAACAUGAUAAUAAAUGAAACGCUUAGACUCUACGCUCCAGUCACAAUGCUGAUGAGGAGAACCUGCAAAGAUGUUAAGCUAAGCGAUCUUGACAUUCCCGGCGAUACACAACUUGCUCUUGUUGUAAUUGCCACCCACCAUGAUCCUGGGAUAUGGGGAGAAGAUGCUGACAAGUUUAAUCCUCAGAGAUUUAGUGAGCCUCGCAGGCAUUUAGCCUCCUUCUUCCCAUGGGGUUUAGGGCCCAGAAUAUGUGUUGGACAAAGUUUUGCUAUGGUUGAAUUGAAGCUUGUUCUGGCUAUGAUCAUUAGACGAUUCUCUUUUGUGCUGUCACCUAAAUACGUUCAUGCCCCUGUGCAGUUUCUGACAGUGCAGCCUCAACAUGGAGCACAGAUCCUCUUUAAAAGAAUCUGAAAUUGAUGAAUUUGCCGAGGGUGUUUAUUGACUGUUGUACUAAUGCAAUCCAAUAAUAUUGUACGUACUUAUUAAAGUGGGAU